GAUACAUUUCUAUCGGAUUAUUUUCAUUCCGAUCUGAGUUUUCCCUAAAAACUUACAAUUUUUGGUAUGAUUUGAGCAGAUUUGUUGAUAACAUAAGAUAAUGUGAUACAUCAUAUACCAAGUUAAUGUAAACAAAUGUAAAUAUGGAAUUAAAAUAUUACACUGGUUCCAGCAUUACUUGACCAAAAUCAGAAACAACAUGGGGACUGGGAUCCCACUUUUGAAUGAGUACAAGCAGGAAUUCUUUGCUAAGAGAUUUCCCCAAACGAUUCUUGGUGGUCCCAAACUCCGCCUCGGCUACGAUGCUCCUAUUUAUGUUUAUAUUAAUCAGCUUCUCCUGUUCCUCAUUCCAUUUGUUUUGGGAGGCACGGUCACGCUACUUGUGGAAUUGGAUGCCAUCACCGAUGUCACUGGUGUUAUUCUGUAUGGAUGUCUCAUGCUGGCUGUUGUCAUUGUUACUCACAUCAUCACCACUGUGGUACAGGUUAAGUGUUCGUCAGAUCUCCCUUACCCCACCAAAAAGAAUCUCCUGGCUGAGGAAGAUGAAAUCGAUUUCAUGUCAUGUUGCGGAGUGGAGACAUUGGAGUUUGUCGUACCUAGGAAAAAAUUUAUAGCAAACAUUGCCAUUCAUUCUGUGAUAUCUGGAUGUAUGUGUGGACUUGCCUUGUGGUAUCUCUUGCCCGCUACCUUGAAUGGAUUGUUCAGUAACAAUACGGGGGCCACAGUGAUUCUGUUUAUUUUUGGCUGGUUUACUGUGCUGGUGGCCCAGUACCCGCUCACGGUAGCAGCACCACCAGAACCUGCCACAUAUAGAACAAUGGACACCUGGGAAAUAUCUCCUCUGACUAGGCCAUUUUAUGUCCUUGUAUUCUCAGCAUUUGAUCUUUUGUACAGAUAUGCGAGUCAGGGCACCUUUAUGACCACGAAUCAGGCCCUGCAUAUUUUAUUUGUGUUCCUCCCUGUGCUGUGGACCUGUGGGUUCCUCCCCCCGGUGGACUGUUUCUUCCUGUGGCUGGCAGAACAGGUCCACGUUCAUCUCUUUGGGGGCUCCCCUAUGGCUUCAGAAAUCAGACUGGUGGUGCUAUUGACCCUGUCAGUGGGGGUGUACCUGGGAGCCUAUUUCUUUGAAAUUAAUUUAUGUCUGGAGACAGUUCUCCUGGCUGCCCUUUCAUGUGGAUUAUUUCAGUACAUACCCAGGGGGCUGGAAAAUAUUGCACUAAAUUCCAUCAGGAAUAGGAACAAGGUGUCAGAUGACCAGGGGGUUAUCGCCAUGGAUACAGGGGUCAGAGGGUUUCUGUGGCGUUGGGGUGUGUUUGAAUUUCUGUACCAUGCACUAAUGCUGGCGUUAGUUGGGGUCACAGCGGGAUUGUUAAAUUAUAAUUCACAUAACAUUCAUGUUGUUGAUAUCAUAGUACAAUUCUGUGUGGUGGAAAAAAUCGAUUGAAAAUGUGCAAUGAAUGUUUACAUUUUCUUCGGGUUGCUGAGAAAUCGACUGUUUCCGAAAGCUGCCCGUGUAGGUCGACCGUUCCAUGACAGAAGGAGGAAGAUGAAAGUUCUGGGGAUCUCUCGCAGGAUUAUACUGAACUGGGUGGCGCCCUUGACCCUGCUGGCAUAUGCAUCCUUACUAGUGACCAGCAGUGACCCCUCCUCUGUAUCGGUCACUAACAACCUCAGCACGGUCACCUCCGUCUGGUUUAUCUUUGGUGUGGUGCGGAUCUUUAGAGCUAUUUGGCAGAAUACAGCCAACAGUCUGCUGGAGAUCUCAAUCACACACAUUAUCCUGGUUACCAUGACGUCAACCUCUGACCUCAUACUCUUCCCAAUUCUCUCGCUCCUGAUUGGUCUAUGCCGGGACAGAGCCACCCAGUUCCUGAACAAGCUGUACUUCUGUAUGACGAUCCUGAUCACCUCAUGGACAGACAAGAAACAGAGGAGAGGAUCCACGGUGGCCCUGAUUGGUGUCUCAGUGUUCCUGUUUCCCCUGGUCCUCAGUAUGAUCACCCUGGCCUCUGCCCUGUCAGCCCCCCUUCUUCCUCUGUUUACCCUGCCACUGUUUGUGAUGGGGUUUCCCCGCCCCAAUAAGUUCUGGCCAGAGGAUGUGGGGGCCUCGGCUAAUGUGAAUCCCGACACCAUGUUCUACAAACAGCUCACUCCAGUGUUGAGUGGGGCACUCAGAACAGCGUUUGCAGAUGGAAGAUUGGGUGAGGCGUGUGUUGGGAACCACUACUUGGUGAGGUACCAGGAUCGACUGGUGUGGAUCAUGAUUCUGGAGAGAGGAGCGGGCUACUGUACCAUCAGUAUUAAGGGUCUCGAGCUUCAGGAGACGUCGUGUCACACGGCAGAAGCAGCCCGAUUGGAUGACAUUUUCGAGGAGGCGUUCCCGGAGGACUUUGGCUGUUUUCCCGUCAAUCAGUAUCCACUACAUACUCUGACGCUGGUGGACGUCGAGCCGAUCAAGACGUACUCAGAUGCUCGGAACGUGCUGACCGGAAUCAUAGACCAGCCAGGAAGUUUUGACAUCACCAUGUCAUCUUUUAUAAAGAGCCUUGUGUGGGUUUUGCUGCAACAUGUGAAUAAACUGAAAAUUAAAGAAAAAGAGAAAAAUAAGGACAAUGUGAGGAAAGGAACAGGAAGUGAAAAUAAUAACAAUGUGUCAGGGAGAAUCUCAAAAGCUUCUAUUCAUCACAAGGACAGAGCUGUGAUAGCAAUGGAGACUUAUGCUGGGAGGCCAUCUUCCUCUCAGCAGAACAAAAUGAACACCUCCUGGGGAUCUCUUGGAAGUUUCACCGACAGUAUUUUCUCUGAGGAUGAGUUUACAGACAGAAAGAAAACAAACAUAAAGAAACAGGAACUAAAGAAAUCCAUUUCUCCAGCCUUCGGGGCACCUGCUAAACCUAUCAGCAACAAGUUUGAUGAUGAUAUUGAGGAUCUAAUGAAUGACUUUGAACUCGGGCUUCCAGCCUUAGAUAAAAAUAAAAAGACAUUAGGGACUAUCUCAAAGUUUGAAAGUAAAAAGACAAGUAAUGGGAUAUUUAAACCAGUGACAAAUUUAGCUGGUUCCCCUGAUUUUAAGUGUUCUCACUCGGUGCAUGUGAGUCUGCCCCAGAAGUGGCGAGAGCUGCCCUUGGAAUCCUCACAGGUAGCUAGAUAUCUGUCAAAGUUUCCCAAGGAUUGGUUCAAGUAUGUCCUGGGUACGCUAGACUGGUCAGGUGUAGAAGGACCUGUUGACCAGGUCAAAGAUCAGAUAGCCAGGGACGAUGUGCUGAUUAACUGCUACUCUCAGCUUGUCAUGGCCUGCUACUCCAUAUUUGACACCAACUCAUCCAUUGGUGGUGCCAACACUUUAUAUAAAUUCUACAUCGGGGAUCUGCCGUGGAAUGCAAUGUUAGACUGGUUGUCUGAAGACAAGGAGCUUUAUAAAUUAGUCCUCAAAGCUUACAGGUAUGGGUUUAAGAUGAUGCUGGAUCAGACCCUGAUGGGGGAAGCCACCACCCCUGGGGAGUUUGAGGAAUACCUGACCGAGUUUGACAGGGACUGGUACAUCGGACUGGAGAAGGAGGAGGAGUGGAAGUCCUCGGUCCUCAACUCAGUCCCCAACCUGUUCUCCCUGGGUCAUAACAAGGCACAGGGGACCUAUAGCAGCCGGCUGCUGACUCUACAGGAGGAAAUGGUGUACAUUGGUCGUCUGAACAGUGAGGCUGUGAAAGGACAGUGGGCUAACCUCAGUCUAGAGUUACUCUACUUCACCAACGAUGACGAGGAGCGAUACAGUAUACAGGCCCACCCCACCAUCCUCCGAAAUCUGACCGUACAGGCUGCCGACCCUCCCCUGGGGUAUCCCAUCUUCUCCUCCAAACCCAUCACUAUACCCACUGUGUGACAAAACAGAAGUUCACAGGGCCUGUAUUAUAACAUCACUGUACCCUAUGUGAAUGUGACAUUACAGUAAUUCCUAGGGCCUGUAAGACAUAAACAUGCCCUAUUUGUGUGUGAUUUUACAGAAAUUCCCCUGGACCUGUAUUGCACAUUGAAGAAUUCCAAAGAUGUCAAGUCAGCAGUGUUUGAUCAAAUUUGAACAAAUUUUCUACGAAGCUGCUGAAGUAAUUUUUCUAAGAGUAAAAUACAUUCCAUCCUUGCUUCAGAAAAUCUAGUCUUCUUUAUUGCUACAUGUUCUGCUCUGACACAGUGUCUUUUUUCUGAUGAUGUAAUCUUAGUCUAAGAGGGGAUUUUUUCAGUGAACUCCUUUUGUUAUAGAUCAAAAAGAUUUGGAGAAAUCUUUUUAAUCCCUAAAACUAUGUACACAUUGUGGAGCAUUAGUAUCUGUGACCCUAUACUUGAACAUGUCAUGCAAAUUAUAUGUCAUAUCAAUUACAUGUAAAUGCACUCAUUGUAUCAUUGAUAUUUAUAUUGUUCAUUAAUUUAUAGGUUGUGUUAUAUUAUUGAAACUGUGAAAAAGCAUUUGCUUUGUGAUAUAUCUGUGAUAAAAUUAUACUUUUACUCAUUUUAAUAUCAGAAAUCUCUAUGUUUUUUUUAUUUUGCCCAGUAAUUUCAAAUUGUUUCUGAUCUACACUUAUGUAUGUUGAUCCCAGGAAUUUUCAAUUGUUCAUGUUGCAUAAAGAUCUUUUAGACAGUUGAAUUACAUGCAAGCACCUGUACAUAGCCUCAAAAUCAUUCUCUUACUGUAAACAUAAAUUAUUAAGCAAUGUAAUCUCUCUGGCACUCAUCAGCUGAAAACAGCUUCCACUAUAUCAAGUACAUUGCUAAAUGUCUAGAGUAUAGAUUUAUACAUGUAUUUAGCACAUUUAGAUAUGCUCUAAAUCUAAUUUAUUUUAAAAUAAAAAGCAAUGUCUUUCAAAUAUUGUACAUGCUAAAGUAAGUUGAGUACAUUUUCAGCAUUUUAUUCAGGUGUAUAGAGGUAUGUUAUGAAUAUGAAGAAAUUUUUCUGGCAGGAAUUAUCAUUGAUCAUCUGUACAUAGAAUCAUUGUUAACUUUGUAAAAUGCUGUUUGCAAUACCGUAUAUACUCACCU